AUGUUGGCAAGAAACCUCAAGGCUUUCGAUGUGAUUCUGAAACAAGAUAUCGAUCAAAACAUGGGCGACGGACACGAUGAGAAAGGGGAUGACGUGGACGAGGUCGAGGACGAGGAUAAGGACGAGGAUGAGGAUAAGGACGAGGACGAGGAUAAGGACGAGGACAAGGACAAGGACAAGGACAAGGACGAGGCCAAGGACAAGGCCAAGGACAAGGACAAGGACAAGGACAAGGACGAGAGGAAGGAGGUUCUGGCGGAGAAGUUUGUCAUGGAAGUUGAAGGAGAGACCUUGAUUAUUUCCAGCUUCUCGUGCGAUCUCGCGGCCUCCUCCUUCCUCUCCUUGACACCCUGCCAUCCUGACUGCUAG